UUUUUUUGGAAGCAGAUGAACUUUAUUUUUGAAAUGCACAGGACACAUGGAACAAUUUUUCACUGUUGUAAAAUCUUCAUGUCUCAGAACUAUAGGCCGGUUUGAAUAAACACUUAAGUUUGUGUUCUUGACCCGGAGUCUGAAAAAUAACUACAAAUCCAUCCUCUGGUUACACAGGUGAAAACCAGUAACUUUUUAUUGUUUGUUUAAACAACUACACAAGCAGCACGCAGAGGGAACGAGCAGGGGAUUCUCUGUAGCACUGAACAUGACGCUAAACGUAGAACAACACCUGCUACAAAGCAGAGAGAGGAACAGUAUUACGAGUUCUGUUACUUGGCUUUAAGCCCAGUUCAGAAGAUACAGGACUCUGACGUUUCCGCACAUCUUUGUUUCCGGGCUUUCUCCUGUGUAAAGCGUUGUUGGGAUAGGAGGGAUGUAAAACUAGGCGUGCAGAAACAACUUGUAAGGGCUGCUAUUGCUAAUUCGGAAUGUGUCAGCCGUCAGUAACGGCGCAUUAGCUGCCAUUCACCGAGGGCAGCUUCUGGGCUUUCUCCUCAGCUAAGUCGAGGGAAAAGCAGCAGAGCGUUUUAAAAUAGGAGCACCGCAUUUUGGAAUUCUUCCUGUCCGUGACAGCAGUAACCUUGGAAACCAGGCUGCUAACACAUCUCAAUCGCAGAGCAUCCUCAAGCUUAGCUUCUCUUGCUGUAUUGUCUGGGCACCGCUAUUCUGGGGGCUAAUGUCAACUGUUUUUGUUUUUUUCCACCUCGGUGGCACAAACAACACCUAGCAUAAAACCUUGCUAGACACCCAUCAGGUCCCAUCUUACCUAGAGCCUUCCCUACUUGGUGGCAGUCUCAGAAUUGGUCCUGACAGAGGACACUCUGCCAAGGGGCCCGCUGAUAGCAGGACCUCCCUAAACCUGGCCUCAGGGGACACCACCAGGUAACAGCACCACGCACACCCACCCAGGUACGCCGCGCGACCCCGACCCCGCGCCCCAGCCUCCAGAGAACCCUCGCGAGACAAGACCGCAAGGGGACGAGAAGAAGCCCACUAUCUCGCGAGAAGAGGGGGCGUCGGCGGAAACGAGCUAAUGCCCCCCUGGGCGCCCCGGCCCCAGCCGGUGGGCGUGGACCGAGGAAACCCGCCCCCUUCCGGCUCGCGUCCCCGCCCCCAGCCUUGAGGCAUCGGGUCGCGAGUACCAGCGCCGGCUUCUCCCGCUUCCCUGCGGCGGGAGCCCGCUGGCCUUCGACUCUCGGAGGGGGCGCGGCGGGGGCGCAGAGGGGGCGGGGAGGACCCGCGACGCCCCGCCCCCCUCCGCGCUCUGGCGGCUCGGCCCGUCCCUUGGGGUCCGGGUCCCGAGGCCGCUGAGACAGCAGGCCGGCGCUGCCCGCAGGUGUCGGCGGCAGCGGCGGAGCCACCGGCCUCAUGGUGGGUUUCGGGGCCAACCGGCGGGCCGGCCGCCUGCCGUCCUUCGUGCUGGUGGUGCUACUGGUAGUCAUCGUCGUCCUUGCCUUCAACUACUGGAGCAUCUCCUCCCGCCACGUUCUGCUUCAGGAGGAGGUGGCCGAGCUGCAGGGCCAGGUCCAGCGCACCGAGGUGGCCCGCGGGCGCUUGGAGAAGCGCAAUUCGGACCUCUUGCUCUUGGUGGACACGCAUAAGAAGCAGAUCGACCAGAAGGAGGCCGAUUACGGUCGCCUCAGCAGCCGGCUGCAGGCCAAGGAAGGCCUGGGGAAGAGAUGCGAGGAUGACAAGGUUAAGCUACAAAACAACAUAUCAUAUCAGAUGGCAGACAUACAUCAUUUAAAGGAGCAACUGGCUGAGCUUCGUCAGGAGUUUCUUCGACAGGAAGAUCAGCUUCAAGACUACAGGAAAAAUAAUACCUACCUUGUCAAGCGGCUAGAAUACGAGAGUUUUCAGUGUGGACAGCAGAUCAAGGAGUUAAGAGCACAACAUGAAGAAAAUAUUAAAAAAUUAGCAGAUCAGUUUUUGCAGGAACAAAAGGAGACUCAUAAGAUUCAAUCAAAUGAUGGAAAAGAAUUGGGUAGAAACGAUCAUGGAGCACCUAAAAAUAUUCCAAAUGUGCCUGAAAAUGAUGCAAAUAAGAAUGAAGACCCCUCAAGCAAUCAUCUUCCCCAUGGGAAAGCUUUAAAGAAGCCCCCUGUGUUAGCUUCUCAACAUGAAAGUCAUCAGACAAUCUCCCAUCUUCCAACUGGACAGCCUCUCUCACCAAACAUGGCUCCAGGUUCACAUCUAAACCAGAAUGAAAAUCCCAGUACUUCAAAACAGAACCCUUCAAAUCCUCUUCAGCACAUAAUUCCAGGCCCAAACUUGGAUCGGGAACCCAGAAUUCAAACAGACACGUUAAAGCAGGCCACCAGGGACAGAGCCAAUGAUUUCCACAAGUUGAAGCAAAGCCGGUUCUUUGAUGAGAAUGAAUCCCCUGUUGAUCCGCAGCAUGGCUCUAAACUGGCGGAUUAUAAUGGGGAUGAUGGUAACGUAGGUGAGUAUGAGGCAGACAAGCAGGCUGAGCUGGCUUACAAUGAGGAAGAAGAUGGUGAUGGUGGAGAGGAAGACGUCCAAGAUGAUGAAGAACGAGAGCUUCAGAUGGAUCCUGCAGACUAUGGCAAACAGCGCUUCAGUGAUGUCCUUUAAGUCUAAGGGAUUCCCGAAACCCAAAGUGCUGUGCAACAGAUCAUCUCUACUUGUCAAUUUUGACUUUUGCUGUAAAGAUCAGUUGUAUCAGUUGUAAAGAUACAUUGAGAUAGAUUUAAGGAAAUUUUAAUGAAGGAAUGUACCAAUGUACAUAUGUGAACUUUUUCAUAUUAUAUUAUCAAAGCAGAUACUUUUUUUGGUUACUACACAGCUGGGCCAAAAACAGUUAAUCUUUGCAUUUUAAAGCAAACUAAUGUAAAUUUCACAUUUUAUUGAGCCUAAUUUUUUUUUCACAAAGAGACAAACAGGAACAAAUGGUUGUACAGGUUAUAUGCUGCACAUAGUAUAACCACAAUGAGAACUUAUUCGGCUGAAAAGUCCACAUUACUACAUUUUUGUUCCCCCAUAGGUGUCCUCUACUACCCCUCAGUUAACACUCUUGAAGAAGUUCUGAAUAGUUACACAGAAGUGGGGAGGCUGGAUGCCAGACAGUGGGCAAAUGUACAGAAUGGCCUUCUACUCCUUUAUCUUACAUGGGCCCUGAUGUGAGUGUGCUGAGGCCUGAUGAAAAGCCUAGGUCACCGUUACAUCCUUACCAUAUCUAUCAGUAGUUCCUUACUUGGUUCUUGAAGUUGUGGAAUGCAUGGUUGACAGUGUAUUUUUAUUUUUCAAGUAAUACCAGAACUGUUUAACUCUGGUCAGCACUGGCUAAAAUUCUUUCUAUUUUCAGAGCUCAAGCUGGUGAAUACAUUCACCAGUUAAGAGUCAGACCCUGAGAGAGACUGAAUCCACUUUGAAAUGAGUCUGCAAUCAGUACAGCAAAGCUUUGCUGGUAGUUUUAAUGAUCGUAUUUGAUUAGACUUUUCCAGAACUACUAAGUAAGGGAUUUUAACAGGUUUUUAUUAAUGAACAGAUGAGUAGAAGUACCGUGAAGUCUGCAGCUAUUUUAUUGAAAUAGCUGAAAACUUUGUAAUAAAAAAUGAGUAUUUGUAAUUAAUGUUAGUUAAGAACCCACCAAGCUCAUUUGCUAGACUUACAGAAUUAUUUUCAGUGCAUUGUGUCUUUUGGCAUUAUUCAUUAGGAUAUAUAAGCUAGCUAAUCCUUGUUUACUGAUUUCAAGCACUUUUAAUUUUUUUGUGUUCCCUAAAAAUUAAAGGUGUUGAUCAUAAGGCUGUUAAUCCCAAGGCUAUUAUUCCUUUUUUUUUUUUUAAGAAGGGCUGCUAUUAAUUACACAUAAGCAUGAACUACUAGAGAGUGACUGUAGCUCAGAUGUGCAGAGGCCUGGGUUUGAUUCAAACACUAAAAACAGCAGACAAGUAAGUAGACAUGAAAAGUCCCCACACUAAGGCUCUAAUCCAAAUACUAACAGAAGUAUUGUUCACCUGCUGACAUCUGAAGUCCUUAUAGUUCAGUCCAAAGUUAUUUAAUGGCCAGGAAAAGAUGGAAUAAUUUAUUAAAAUUUGUUUUUUCUGCUAUCUCAGAUUAUAUACCACUGGGCAUGUAUCACAACUGCAAUCCUAGUGUUGAGGAAACAGAAACAGGUGUGUCCCUGAGGCUCACUGAAUAGCCAUCCUGGCCUAAUUAGCAAGUUCCAGGUCCCUGUAAGGGACAGUUGUUCCUGAGGAACAUCUACACACACACACACACACACACACACACACACACACACACACACGCAUAUAUAAACAAGUUGACCCUCUGGCUUCCACAUACACUCAUAAACACCUGUACCUACAUGUGCACACAUGUAACUGCACACGCACAUACCCACACACCAAGAAACUAAACAGUUCAUGAUUUUGUUAUCAGUAAAGCUAGGCCUCUGUAGUAAAAAGUAUGGUUCACAUUAAAAUACAGUCAAAGGGGAGUGACAUACAACCAUGGGCAUUAGAAAGGGGAGCUGAACCUACAAAUGCCUAGUGAUACUCCAUACUUGAUACUGUAGAACUGUACAGACAAAAUCAUAAAGAUGCCUGUUGGUUCCUCUGUUAUAAAAGCAGUCACUUGAUUUUAUGGUACCUAUCUAUCUUUAUAUGGAAAAAAACUUCAAUUAGCAGCCUAGACAUUUUAUAAACUGAGGAAUCUUGGACCAAUUGAUAAUAUUUCUGACUGUAUUAACAUUUUAGUGCUAUAAAAUACUAUGUGAAUCUCUUUAAAUUGUGACAUUCUACAGUCUGUAUUAGACAUGCUAUUUUGUUCUGUUUACAGUGUUUUACUUCUGCCUUAAGAUUUAGGGUUUUUUUUUUAUUUUGUUAUAUUUUAAUAUAUUUUGCCCUGAAUUAAGUGUUAAUUUGAUGGGAACUCUGCUUUUAAAAAAAUCAUCACUUUCUGGGUUCUAAUAAAUUAAAAGUUAAACUUGUU